GAAACCAUUUGCUGCGGUCCUGCUUCCUGACCACUACGCCUCGCAUUGUCACCAUUGUUUUGGACAGUUGGAUACUGUCGUCAUUCCGUGUGUACGAUGUACACAGGUACGUUACUGUAGUAAAGACUGUCGGGACGUCUCAUGGAGCUCCUACCACAACAUAGAGUGUCUGUACCUGGAUCUUCUUCACUCUGUAAGUAUGUAAGGUGUGUACGAUGUACACAGGUACGUUACUGCAGUAAAGACUGUCGGGACGUCUCAUGGAGCUUCUACCACAACAUAGAGUGUCCGUACCUGGAUCUUCUUCACUCUGUCGGGAUAGCACACCUUGGUGUUAGAAUUGUUCUGGUUGCAGGGCUUCAGUUUGUUCUUGAAUUUAAAAAGACGUUGCAGAGCCUUGAAGAGCAGAAGAAAAGUGGAAUUUUGAGGAUUGGAGGCGUGAGUGAGGACGGUACCUACGGGCGGGGUUACCUCACUGUGUACGAUCUGAUGCCCCACAGUCAGCACCUCGUCAUAGACGACCUGUUUCAGUACUCGCUGACAGCCUGUCUAUUGCUUAACAUCUUACAAGUGUCAGGCUGGUUCAGCUCAGGUCCUGGUAACGGUGAUACCGCCGUCUCCGGAGGCGCUAGAGAUGUAUCAGAGGUGGAGCGCUACGUGGGGGGUCUUUUGCUGCGCCACAUCCAACAGCUUGUAUGUAAUGCACAUGCCAUCACGGAAUUACAAGUUACCCAGGCAACAGACCAGUCACUAGUGGAUACCAAAAGUCAGGUCCGGGUCGCCACGGCGAUAUACCCCACUGCCAGUCUGAUGAACCAUUCCUGCGAUCCGACAAUCAUAUCUAGUUUUGACCGUGAUUCGUUGGUGGUGAGAGCUGUCCGAGAUGUGAAGGAGGGUAUGGAGAUCUACAACUGUUACGGUCCUCACCACAAACGAAUGUCUGGUGCUGACAGAAGACAGAUACUCAAGGAGCAGUAUUUCUUUGACUGUCAGUGUAAUGCCUGUGUGCUGGAUAGUAGCCAGAAUUUAGUGUACAUGGUGUUCCGGUGUCCAAAGUGUGAGAAUGGCUUACUCGAGGAACAAACAGAGGUUGUGUGUUCAGGAUGUGGUUACCAUGACAACAGUUUACCUUAUAAGGAAAAAGCUGGUGUAGCCAAAGACUUGUUUCUACAAGGAAUCCAGAGACUGGAAGCUCACAACAUCACAGGGGCUGUUGAAGUGAUGCAGAGAUGUCACAAGAUAAGGAAUGUUAUCCUCCAUAAGUACCACCGCGAUUUGACCGAGACCAAGGACUUCCUGGCCAGGUGUUAUGCCAUCAUGGGUGACUUUGAGAAAUCCUGUCAAUAUUUGACAGAGAGUGUGAACAGUGUAAAGACAGUAUAUGGGGACUCGAGUAUAGAGUAUGCUAAUGAGCUCCAGAAAUACGCCGAGGUGCUGGUCAGUGCUGGACACCCCGAAACGGCCUUAACAGUCACCAAUGACGCUUUACCCAUAUUCAAAGUGCAUUAUGGGACAUCCCACACGAGCGUCACAGAGCUUGAUGAACUGAGGACCAAUUUACAAAGAGCCCUGAACAUUUCUUAAUAAAAUAUUUUAUUCU